ACCAGCCAUCAAUCAGAUCUGUCCCUGGAUGCGUUUGUCGUCCGCUUGAUCAUAAAUUAGCUCGGGUGAUCGACUCAAUGGAAGCUGCGUGAAGGCUUCAUCUCCGUGUUUCGAUUUAUUUUAGCCCCAGUUUGCCUGUACGUGCUGGGUUUUUUUUUAUGCUGAUAUCUUUGUUCCUUUCUUCCUUCCCGCCAUUGUUUAUAGCUUCUUUUGCUCCUGCGCUUGCCGCCUCCUGGUGUAUAAAGUGUGUGCAUUUGUGUGAGAGUUCGGUGUGUAGUUUAAGUGCUAUCAAGAACCAACCUUGUCGUUCGAUAAGUUGAUAGAGAUCCCAGGCGAGGCCGCAAUCACCAAGAGUUGUUCAGGAGAUGGCUUCCAGUGAGCUGGCGUCGGAAAUGUACGCGCUCCCGUGCGGCGAUGAUGGCACGACGGCGCUGUCGACGCCGGUGGUCGUCUCGGUCCUCGCGUCGCUGCUGGAGCGUCACAUCGCCCGGAACGAGAGGGAGCUGGCGGCCGGACACCGGGAGGCGGCGGCGGCGGAAGGCGAGGCGGCGAGGAGGGCGCGCGCCUUCGACAGCGGCACGGUGCUGGACAUGAGCCUGCGCGCGUUCCUGGAGCGGUUCUCCCGCUACGCGCACGUCUCGCCGCAGGUGUACGUCGUGGCGUACGCGUACCUGGACCGGCUGCGCCGCGGCGGCGACGCCGGCGUGCGCGUGGUGUCCGCCAACGCCCAGCGGCUGCUCACCACGGCCAUCCUCGUCGCCUCCAAGUUCGUCGAGGACCGGAACUACAAGAACUCGUACUUCGCCGCGGUGGGCGGGCUGAGCGCCGCGGAGCUGAGCUCCCUGGAGCUGGACUUCCUCUUCCUGAUGCAGUUCAAGCUCAACGUGAGCGUCAGCGUUUUCCAGAGCUACAGCCGGCACCUGCAGAGGGAGGUGAGCUACGGCGGCGGGUACCAGGUGGAGAGGUGCCUCAGGAAGGCCCUCGUCUCCUCCGGCGAGGCGCGGGCGCAGCAGAGGCAAGCGGCGGCGGCGGCUGCCCAGUAAAAUGUCAGCUCCAGAGCAGCCAUUUCGCGCGUGUUUCGUCACUUGCCGGCCACAAGCGGCCGGCGAGCACAGCAGCCGCACGAUUUGAUCGCCGCCAGCUGCUUCUUGAGAGGCCAGAAGGAUCAAGAUGUAAAUAGUCAUGAUUUGCUCAUGUAUUUAGGACAGGAGUAAUGCAUUGCAACUGUUUCUUCGUGUCGUCACGACAGAUCAGCUUUGCUUUCCGGCAGCUAACCAAAUCACCACCCAAUCUUUAAAACG